ACUGAAUGACGCCAACGGCAGUUUUCCUGUCAUAUAAAAUGGAUAAACCAUACAGGAGUAACAUUGUUACAGCGGAUGAAGAAAACCUGUGUACCAUCCAACUAUAAAAUGAAGACAAUGGCGGUCUUAGCUCUGGUGUUGAUUGCUUUCUUGGUUCAGUUGUCUGGAGUUAACGGAUGUAGUUGUGUAUCUUCUGAUCCUCAAACUCAAUACUGCAAUUCUGAGUAUGCUGUUCGGGGUAAAGUUACCAAACUAACUUAUGGAGAUGGAUUUAUAGGGGUAGAUGCAGAAAGAAUCUAUGAGGUGGAAAUAUCGAAAGUUUAUAUAGGCAAUAUAAAUGAAGAAAAGGGAGGAACAGUGCAAAUUCGAACGGCAGGAUCUGGUUCUAUGUGUGGUGUAGGACUAAGAUUAAAUAAAGAGUACCUUAUCAACGGUUAUUUUUAUAAAGGACAAAUGAGGAUUAGCCUGUGUGGCAUGAUGUUCUUUUCCCCUGUCGAUGGCACAAAUGCAAAUUUCCCUACAAUUUCUGACGAGGAUUGUAAAUGCAAAAUUGAAAAUAUACUGGUACCCGUAGGCGUACAGAAACCCAAGAUGGUGUGUGGUGUAGGAAAUAGGGUCCGUUGUUCGUCAGAUUCUGGCAGCCCAGGUGACCUGGCGGAAUGUAAAUAUAGCAGCGAUAAGGAUGAUUGUGAUUGGGACUGCUAAAAAUCAAGUACAGUUCAAUAAAAUCUAAAUUGACCAUUC